CUGACCAAGGACGACGACUUAUUGAUUCACCUAUCUCACUUAUCUCCCACCUGUGAACGUUGUACUAUAGUACUAGCAUUAGAAACCUCAAACAAAAAAUUAUGGACACUGACGGCCUGGUCCCAUCCAUUCUCCCCGAAAUUCCCUCAUCUCAAAUAACCAUCAUCUACCCGAAGAAGACCGUAGACCUCGGCCAAGAAUUCGCUCCUCAAGACGUGCGGGAGCAGCCCCAAGUGCACUGGGAGGCCGACCCUGAGAAGUACUAUACUUUGGUAAUGACCGACCCCGAUGCCCCCAGUCGAAGAUGUCCUUUUGUGGCAGAAGUCAUCCACUGGUUGGUUGGCAAUAUAAAAGGAUGCGAUAUGAGCACGGGUGAGGUCAUUGCCGAGUACCGAGGAGCAGGACCUCCCCGAGGUACCGGCCUGCAUCGCUACCUCUUCAUGGUCUUCGAACACGAACAAGCUGUGACUUUCGACGAGGUCAGGAUGCCCAAAGAGGGCUCCAGACGACACAGAUUGAGGUUUUCGACGGAAAAUUUUCGAAAAAAGUACAAUUUUGAGAGGAUUUUUGCUUGGAAUUUUUUCAAGGCUCAGUGGCAGCAAGAUCCAAAUGCGCGGACAUGUGUUUGUAUGUGAUUUUUUAAAUGUGUAUCUACGUACAAAUUAAUAAUAAAGAUUUUGGUAUUUUU